CUUUUCUCGGCCCAUACUGUACUGAAUCCCCUACCCGCUCCGACUUUACCAUCAUCCCUCAAAAACCCUAAUUCGUCUUCGCUCUCUCCCAAAUUGUACCUAACAUUUUCUUUGCAGACUACUGAAGCCACAAAACCGUUGAAAACCCUUAAAUCUUUCUAUCAGGUUUAGCAGUGAAAGCAGCAGAAAAAUGGGAGAGAUGAAGGAGAACGACGCAUACGAGGAGGAGCUUCUCGACUACGAGGAAGAAGAUGAAAAAGCUCCCGACUCCGUGACCAAAGUGAAUGGAGAAUCAGCCAAGAAGGGUUACGUGGGAAUUCACAGUUCCGGAUUCAGAGACUUCCUCUUGAAACCAGAGCUUCUAAGGGCUAUUGUCGAUUCCGGAUUUGAGCAUCCUUCAGAAGGCAAGAUUUGUCAUCUGGUUAUUCAGUUUAGUUAGCUUGGUUAAUUCCCU